AUGAAAUCACGAUCGCUAAAACUCCGGGAAGCCCAUAAAGUCGGCGGAAGCAGCGCCGCCUCGUUUUGCUCGAUCCUUUGGGACCACAAGGCGGAACACUUUGUGACUUCGUCUUCGUCGGAUCCAUCCAUUUCCGUCCACGACGGACUCUCGCCUUCAACUUCCCCACCGACGGUUCUUCGACACCACCAAGACGGCGUCACCGCUUUAGCUCUCAGCCGCGACUCUUCUUUCCUCGCCUCCGGAUCUAUCGAUCAUUGCGUCAAGCUCUACAAGUUCCCUAGUGGGGAAUUUCAGACGAACAUAACGAGAUUCACGCUUCCGAUUCGCGUGCUUGCGUUUAACGGCUCAGGCAGUCUAUUAGCAGCUGCUGGAGACGACGAAGGAAUCAAACUCAUCAACACAAUCGACGGCUCGAUCGUCAGAGUUCUCAAAGGUCACAAAGGACCCGUGACCGGCUUAGACUUCGACCCUAAAGGUGAGCUCUUGGCUUCGCUUGACUCAACCGGAACCGUGCUAUGCUGGGAGCUUCAAAACGGCAUCGUAUCGUACACCCUCAAAGGCGUUGCGCCGGACACAGGUUUCAGCAAUUCGAUUGUGAAUGUUCUCAGAUGGAGCCCCGAUGGUCGAACACUCGCCGUGCCUGGCCUGAGAAACGACGUCGUCAUGUACGAUAGGUUCACAGGGGAGAAGCUUUUUGCGCUGAGAGGUGAGCAUCUCCAGGGUGUAUGCUAUUUGGCUUGGGCUCCUAAUGGGAAGUACAUAGCUACGUCUGGUUUAGAUAAGCAGGUGCUUCUCUGGGAUGUUGAGAAGAAGCAGGACAUUGAUAGGCAGAAGUUUGAGGAUAAGGUAUGUUGUAUGGCGUGGAAGCCGAAUUGCAAUGCUUUGUCUCUGAUUGAUGUGAAGGGGAAAUACGGAAUUUGGGAUGAUUUGGUUCCGUCGUCUAUGGUGUCUCCUACAGUUGGGAUUCCGGAUAUACAACCUAAGAGGAGGAAUGAGAUUCUUACUUUUGACGAGGAGUUUGAGGAGGAGUUUUCUGAGAAUUUGGAUGAUGAUGCUCGUGUGGAGAGUGAUGGUGGAGAGUCUCGUCAACUUAGCAGGAAGAGAUUGAGGAGGAAUUCUUUUAUGGAUGACGAUGGUGGUGAUGUGAAUGAGGGGUUUUACGAUGAGAUUAGCUUGCCGUCGAGUUCGGGAUACAAGAAAAAAGCACAUAAAGAGAAGCGUGGUGUGGGAAGUGGGGUUUCAAGAAGCGUUGCAGCAUCGACAAGGUACAAGAUGCAGAAAGCUUUUCAACCUGGUGCAACACCUUUGGAGCCAGGGAAGAGGACGUUUCUGUGUUACAAUAUGGUGGGAUGUAUAACGACGAUUGAACACGAAGGGAACUCUCGUAUUGAGACGGAUUUUCAUGAUACUGGAAGUGGUCCACGAGUGUCAUCAAUGAUCGACAUCUACGGUUUCACUAUGGCAUCCAUAAAUGAAAGUGGAUGUGUAUUUGCAAACCCCUGCAAAGGAGAGAAGAACAUGAGUGUUCUCAUGUACCGACCAUUUAGAAGCUGGGCCAGUAAUAGUGAGUGGACAGUGAGGUUUGAAGGUGAAGAGGUGAAGGUUGUUGCUAACGGUUCUGGUUGGGUCGCUGCAAUUACAAGCCGCAAUUUGCUUCACAUAUUCACCGAGGGUGGUUUUCAGAAACAUAUUCUUGCCCUUGAUGGCCCCAUAGUCACUGCAGUAGGAUGCAAGGAUCAACUUGCUGUGGUAACUCAUGUUUCAGACUGCCUUUCUUCAAAUGAACAGGUGAUGAAAUUUAGAAUCGUGAACAUAUCUAGUAUGACUCAGCAGUUGAAGGGCCGUGUUGCCAUAACCCCUGGUUCACGUUUAACAUGGAUUGGAUUCAGUGAGGAAGGUUGUUUUAGCACAUACGACUCUGAGGGCGUGUUGUGGGUUCGUACAAGUCAAAUUGGUGGCUCAUGGAUCCCAGUCUUUAGUCCUAGUAAAGAGAAGAAACAAGAAGAAAACUACUGGGUGGUUGGCUUGAAUACAACAAGUGUGUACUGUAUAGCUUGUAAACACCCUGAGCUUUUCCCACAGGUGACACCAAAACCAAUCCUUACCAUUCUAGACUUUUCUCUCCCGCUUCAAUCCUCAGACUUAGGCUCAACAUCUCUAAUAAACGAGUUCAUUCUAAAGCAGCGGCGUCUAUACGAGACUCACAGAAGAGUGGACGAGAUGGAUUUGUCCGGGGCUGACACAACAGCACUUGAAGAUGAGGCUUUCGACCUUGAAGUUUCUCAAGAUAGAUGCAUAUUAAAGCUCAUCAGCUCGUGUUGCAGUAGUGAUAAGUUCUUAAGGGCCAGUGAACUUAUGAAGCUUUUAACUUUAGAGAAAUCAAUGAGAGCAGCAAUAACACUUGUUACCAAACUCAAGCUUCCUUCCUUGGCAGAAAAAUUCAGCAACAUACUUGAGGAAAGAUUGCUUAAAGAAUCUGACGAGGCAAUCACAAAUCCAAGCACAAAAGUGGUUACAAGAGCUGAGUCCAAGGUCCAGAAUCCUGUCGCUUCAAUUCAGACAAGUGGAAACACAGAAGCAGUUCCGAAAUCUUCGGGAACCAAGCUGUCUGCUAUUUCACUUGUAAGUAAAGCAAAAGUCUCAGAAGGUGGUCUCAAGCUGGGAAAAGAAGAAACAAAGAGAGACGAAGCUGAAGAUGCAAAGAAGAAAGAGGUCAAGGCACUGAAUCUGAUAAAGAAUACGGUGAACAAUGCUAACAAUGGAGACAAAGAACCUAGAAAGGAAGUGAAACAGAUAAGCGUAGAGAUGAGAGCUGAUAAUCCACUUGGACAAGCAGACUUGGAUGGGUUGCAUGACUCGAACUGGAAGCAAUUGAUGGGAGAGGACAUCCAACCACCAAAGGAUGCCUGCACAGAGAUAUCAUUCCGUACAGAGAUCCCCGUCCAAUUUUUACAGGCUGUUAAUCCAUCUAGACAAGCAAACGUGGAUGAAUUGCGUGACUCAAACUGGGAGCAAUCAAUGGAGGAGGAUGUCCAACCAUGA